AACAAGGAGAACCAGAGUCAGUCAACGAGCCCAACCAAAUUGCACAGCCGUUGGACCGAGUUGCCCGCACCGCCGACCCCGACAAUGCCAAGGACACCAGCGGCAGGGAUCCCUACUCGGAUUACAGGACGCUCAUGGCGCUUAUGGGUCCCAGGCGGCACCGGUACCUUCAUUUCGGACGCAAAAGAGCCCUGCCUCUUUACUCGGAUGUUCCCGUCGACCAAGUGGAAGGCAGUGAUGACUAUAUCGGCGACGACUACGACGCCUCUUCGGCCGAGUCCUUGGAAGAUGCUAUGCGCUGGACUAAGCCGUAUCUGGGAGACGGACUCCACGAGGACGUGGUCCUCUCAGGCGCGCCGGAAGAUGGUGAAGUGAUUAGGUACAAAAGGGACGUCAGUGCGGCGUCGGUACGUGACGACGGACUUAACACCAAUGCGGACCAGGAGAGACGACCGCUAAUUGAAGUACACGACGAGCUCGCCAGAGACGGGAACGCCGGUCCCUACCUUGAUUGGCAAGAAAGGGAAAAGAAAUCUCCAAACCGUAUGCUGCACUUUGGCAAGCGAGAAAGACAACAUGAAUCUACCCAGCUGGGAUCUGAUGAAGUCCAAGGCUACAUAAAGCGGGCAAUAAAUCGUAUUCUGCCUUUCGGAAAACGCAUUCAAGACCACGCAACAUCGGACUUUCAAGUGAACGACUACGGCUGGUAUAGCAACGAUGACAAGAGAGCUAUGAACCGGAUUAUGCAUUUCGGCAAGCGAGAACCCGAAGAAAUCUUAAUUAGUGACAAAUCGUCGGGUCCCCAGAUCCAGAUACAUGGAAACGAUAAAAAGUCGAUCAAUCGCAUCUUGCAUUUCGGGAAGCGGAAAGGCAACGAGGCGUUUGAUACUAAUCUAGUGGAAAGUGGUUACAGCAAAACAAACGCACGAUCAAAUCGAAUCAUGCACUUUGGAAAGCGAACAGAUGAUGGCCUUAUUUCGGAGUUUGAUCCGGAAAGCCACACAGCUUCAAAACGUGUAACCAACAGAAUCAUGCAUUUCGGAAAACGAGAGUCAGCUUUUUUGAGUCCCCUAGAAGACCAACUAAAGCGGGACUUUCUCGAGUGGAAGAAGAGGUACACCGACAGAAUGCUUCACUUCGGGAAGAAGCGGCCUCAGGACAGAUACACUGAUAAACGGAUCACCAACCGAAUCAUGCAUUUCGGCAAGCGGGGUGUAAUUUUUCCGCUAUCAGACGAAACCGACGAUAGCACGGGGAAACAAAAGCGCCAGUUGAAAAAUUCCAUCCUUCAUUUCGGUAAGAGAGACGACGAGAUGUCUAUUGAAAAACGUACGAAGAACCGGAUCAUGCACUUUGGAAAAAGGGAGGAAAGAUAUCCCUACGAGAACACGCUAACAUCCGACAAGCACCUCGGAGACCGGAUUCUUCACUUUGGAAAACAGGAGCCCCAUCACCAGGACGCAGACUUUCUAAACAAACGCAGCACGGCUAACGCAGAUCUUCAGUUUGACAACGAAUACAGCGAGAGCCCAUACCUCGUGGACAAAAAGAUCACCAAUCGCAUUUUGCAUUUUGGCAAGCGACUUGAUGGCUCCGCAGAAGAUCCGGGAAAAGUCAGCGGCAAGUCCAAACAGGACGUCCCCUCCGUCAACAGCGAUAUUAAAUUCGAAGACAGCUUCCUCGUCGAAGAACACAAGCCGCACAACAGGAGGAAACGAUCCCUUGGCUUCGAUCAGUACGACUUGGACGAGACUCUCGAGCGUGUCGUCCACCAGCUGAUGGACGCCGGCUACCCGAAAAGAGUCGCUCUGGCUCAUCCCGGCAUUCCUGGGCAUUUGCAUCUACCGCACGCCUUUGUGGCGGCGCACGUAUAUGGCAGCGAACUUCCGCGUAUGCUCAGCCGGCCCAGUCGAAGCGACAGGUUUUUCCCUGUCCCGUACAGUGGAGAACACCGGGAGGCGCCCAAGGGUCCUUCUCGCAACGUGUUCCUGCACUUUGGCUGAAGCCUCUCCAAGACGCUGAGCCGUGGCAUGAAGAUCCUCACACCCUCCAACACUCCCCUCAGCAUGCUUGCGUCCCAUCCCUUGCACCAUGAUAUCGGGCAAAACACAUAUCAACAUUUAGCCUGGACUAAGAGGUGGAGAUCCUCACCCCUAAAAAAAUAUUGGCGCCAACAACUGACAACAAGAUGAUUUUGUGCUACAGCUAUAGUAUAAAGGGUUAGGAACACCUCUGACGCAGACGACAAUUACGUCGAAUGUUUAAAUGUUUGCUUUUAAUGGCUUGUGUUAAGCAAACGUGUUGCAGGCGAUCGAGGUAACAUCAGUCGGUCGUACAGCGUAUCUGCUCCGCAGACAACUCGAACAUCGAGAGGGUAGCAGAUAUCCUCGAUCAUAGUCCGCGGGCCGAUAUCGACAAUGGCUAUAAUAUAUAUAUGACGUAUUUAAGCAGAAUUCAGUUGUUGAGCGAUUCCAUAACACGUCUCGUGGGCAGAAUGUAGAAGCUUAUGUUGGUGUGGGGGUGUGGAUGACGUACUCCGUUUGCUCCUCCUCUAACGGUUUUGUGGAUACUACAUGCUGGCUUAGCAAGGACACCGCUGUCCGUUCGUUUUGCCUUUGGAAAGACUCCCCUGUUUUAAAACAAACACCGAAUGAGCGGAGCGAUUUUUCAACGAACGCUUCGUUCGCUUGGCUAAAUUUAAGUUACAUUCCGUUAAUUUUUAUAACCGCUGACAACUCGAGGAACCCAAAUCGUAACCAACCCCAAACAUCCCAUUAAUAUGUUGUAAGGUUAAAUACGAUUCCAGGGACGCUCACCAUGUUUGCGACAGCUUAAGCUCAGCAACACUCUGUGAUAAGAUGCGCGCCACCUUAGAUAAUUAUUAAAAAAAAUAUAAUUAUGAGAACCUCAAGGUAGCUUUGUCGUCACAGAAACUCCCGUGCAGGAUGACAUAGUAUAUUGCUGUUUAUUACAGAUAUCCCGGCUCUUCCUGUUUGCUCUGCUAUACAGUUAAAACAACAACCAUGAGAUGUCAUAGUGACAUCGUGGCCGUUACAGAAAGUUUAAUUUAGAGCCAGAUGCAGCGUGUUAAGUGGUUAAUGCCCGCUAAAGUAUGAAUAUUGAUAGACUGAAAAGCUCUGGGCGUGAGAAGCUCGAUGCAUCGCGAACGUAGGACGACAUGUCCCACUUUUCUAACCUUGGGAAGCGAGCUGGCAGGUUCAUUUGCGUACGUGUUCUAACCUUUCUGCCUUGCCUGGCAUACCAUCCAUCGUAAUAAUCUUUUUGAGCAAAUAAAUAUUUUUUUAUAUUAAUAUUAAACUCUAAAUGCUCAUGCCCUACAAAAAAAGCCAAUUUAAUGUCACUUCCACCGAAUGGCAUUCGAGUGAUCGUCCGAUCAGCGCUGGCAUAUUCCAUUCCACUCGCGACACUCGUAGUUAAAAUCGAGAUCUGAUUCGGCGAUUAGGUAAGUGGCAUUCAAUAGAAGUUACAUUAACUCACCCGUCUUACGGGGAACUUAAUAUCUCGGGCCGAAUUAACCAGGACAGGACUCGUUUGAGGUGACUAAGUGAUUGUGCUCAUAGUUGAGGAGAAAGAAAAUCACUCUGAUCAAUUUGUUGACCGCUCGUCUUUGUCUUUUUAUUUCUUUUACAACUGAGAUAUUACACCGGCAAGAAGCCCCUUAAUUAGACCAUUACACGGAGGUUCUAUGUAUGCCUCUAAAUAUAGCAACAUUUUCCAUUUAAAUAAGCACUUUUUUUCUGAUACGGUAUCGUGUUUGUUUUGUUUUUUGUUAGUCGGUCUUAGAAUAACAAGUGUGCCGCCUAACGACAACCCGCUAUAAUUGAUAAGCCACCGGCUUUUGACCCACGAGAGCUGGAUUGAUUUUCCAUUUCUUAGCGUCAAGGUUGGCCGUGAGACGGUUUACUGCUCUGCCACGUGAAUAAUUUUGACCGCUUGCAGUUUUCAUUUUUCUCCCAUAUUUCAUGUAGAUAUACCUCACGCAGCAUACGCUUCUCUGAACGAAUUCUGUCCGGCUCCGCGUACACUUUGAAACCGAGUUUGUGCAAACUCGAGAUUGUCAGACAAAAGAAUAACUUCUAAUGGUGCAGUGGCGUGCGCAUCACGUGCUGAGCCAGCCUCUGUGUAUCAAACGAUUUUGAGCUAUUUUUUUCGAUCUUGCAUUUUCUUGUCUCCUGCCGACUGGAUCAACAUAACAAUUAUUUUUCUUAAAUUAAUUCAGAAAGAUUAUGGCCAGACGUCCAAUUCGUCCUUAACUUAUAGUGCUCCACAGCUGCUCCCUUCAAAAAUAAAAAAUUUCCAGCAACAUUUUUACUUGGAAUUCUAAAUUCAUGCAAUUGAAUAUUUACAUUAGGACUGCAUAAAUUCCCUUAGUAUACAAUAGGCAGACGUUUCGGAAAAGAAUGCAUAUAGUGUUUAUAAAUUUUCCAAAUAAAUUCAAGAAAAAUGGACGCCACGUGACCGAAAGUGGUGUGACACCACGGCCCCACACCGUGACGGCUUGUCAUGUGAGCGUAAAUCACGGUGGACUUAAAUGGAUACACUUUCAUUAGAAAAUCCACAUCUUGACGUUACAUCGUCAUGUUACGUGAUGUAAUAAGGACACAUGACUAGGUCACGUGAUACGACAUGACGCUGCCGCGCAGUGGCGUAACUUAAUUUUUCUGUUGCCACGCGACCUCAAUUUCAGUGCCAAAUUUACUUGGUAAAUUCCGGAACGGACAGACGGGCGAACGAAAACAUUUAUACAAUUAUUGGGCUCGUUAAGAAUCAUCCCAGUUUUGAACCGACGAUCGCUUCUCCGCACUAACCGGGUAGCGCUUUCAAGCUGGAAGAAGAGGACGAAAAAUCAACGGCUAAAUGGGGAACCGCAAAGCAGGCCCUCAUAUUGGGUUCCUCGGGUUGUUGGCAGCAAUGAUGCGACCGGAAUGUCGGAAUCAGCGACGUUCAGAAACGUCUACACUAAGAGCCAGAUUCCAACUGCACAUCUACGCUGAGAAAUUAACGUGCAAGGUCCAACGCACCAAAAUAUAUUUAUUACCCUCCGUGCGGGUGUCACAAUUGUGCGUGUUCAUAGUCUUCAUCUUAUAUUUAUUUCUCGCCUUCAGUGUCAUAUGUGUCAGCUUUCUUUUGUUAAUUUAUUUCUCUUCGUGGCCUUUUAUGAGAAAUUUAAAAAAAAAUUGAAACAGAAAAGAAAAAAAAACAACGGAAAAAUAGCUCCAAGGAACGGAAACAAUGUCGACAAACGCGCCGAAGUGUCCAAAGACGGGAUUUCAAUAAAAAUCAGUGAACAUAUUGAAAAUAAAUGAAAAAUGUGUUUCAUC